ACGACUACUCGCAAAGCUCGACCACCCACUACUUGAGCCCAGCUCAAAUCUACUUAAGCGCGACAAAACUAGCGGCCCGCACGACUUUAGAAAUCUGGACUUACAAAACAUUACAUAUAACAUUAUAACACGACAAAAUGGCACCAGUAAAAGGACCGAAAAAACUCCUAAAAUCAAUGGAGAAACCGAUCGACAAACCCAUUUCAAAAUCGAAGAAGAUGAAGAAGAAAAAUUACCAGAGUUUCUCCAUAUAUCUCUACAAGCUACUACGGGCCGUCGCGAAAGAAAACUUAGGAAUAUCAAGGAAGUCUAUGCUGAUAAUGAAUAAUUUUGUGAACGACAUGCUGGAGAAGAUUGCUGAGGAAGCAGGAAGGUUAGUGGCUCACAGUAAGAAGACGACUAUGAGUAGCAGAGAAAUUCAGGCAGCUGUGAAAUUAGUCAUACCUGGAGAAUUAUCAACUCACGCGAAUAUUGAAGCUAUGAAGGCCAUUAGUAUGUACCAUAAGAGCCACGAAAGGGAUGCCGCAGCGAAAAUUUAAGAUUUAGAAGUUCUAAGAUAGAUUUUAAGGUUUUAGGGACUAAUAAGUGUUAGAAUUGUAAUGAUAGGAUGUUAAAUAAUGUUGAUUAUGAAUAAAUAAAUGAUUUUGAAAUUUUU